GGUGACUGGCAGUUGGGCACUCCAUUACUGCCAUUACCAUCCAUGGCUAUCUAUUUUCUCCUCUCGUUUUUGCUUCUAAUUUGCAUUCUAUCAUAUGGCUCACAAAAACUCACAGCCAAAAGGCUCAAAAUCACAAUCGAAGAAGCUACUGUUGAUGAUCUCCAGCUUGCUUUCAGGCUCAAGACUCUGACCUCAAGGGAAGUUGUCCUGUUCUACCUGGACAAGAUUCGAGAACUGAACAAAAACCUUAGGGGUGUCAUAGAGGUGAACCCUGAUGCGUUAUCCCAAGCUGAUAUAGCUGACAAAGAACGCAGAGAAUGCAACCACACACUGCCUAAGCUUCAUGGCAUUCCUAUUCUGCUAAAGGAUAACAUAGCAACCAAGGACAAACUCAACACCACAGCUGGCUCGUUUGCCUUGUUGGGAUCCAUUGUGCCUCGAGAUGCAGGUGUUGUUUCUAAGCUAAGGAGGUCUGGAGCUAUCAUUUUAGGGAAGGCUAGCUUGAGUGAAUGGAGCAACUUUAGAACAUCAUGGGCACCCAACGGUUGGAGCGCCAGAGGUUCCCAAGGAAAGAAUCCUUACAAUUCAUCGGUGGAAGUUUGUGGAUCAAGUAGUGGACCUGCAAUAUCAGUAGCUGCUAAUAUGGUUUCUGUGACACUAGGAACGGAGACUGACGGUUCCAUUAUCUGUCCGGCUAGCUUUAACUCAGUAGUUGGCAUCAAACCGACUGUUGGUCUCACUAGUCGAGCUGGAGUCAUACCAAUCAGUCCAAGACAGGACACAGUUGGGCCGAUUUGUAGGACUGUAGCGGAUGCUGUUCACGUCCUUGAUAUCAUUGUUGGCAUUGAUAGGAAUGACAAUGCGACAAGUGAAGCAUCAAAGUACAUCCCAGUGGGAGGCUAUGGACAGUUUCUCAAGCAUAAUGGCCUCGAAGGAAAGAGAUUGGGGAUAGUAAAUAUGUUAUUUGAUUCAAUCAAGGACGAUGCUUUUCUGAAACAAACUUUUGAGCAGCAUUUUACCACACUGAGGAAACAGGGGGCAGUUUUGGUUGACAAUCUUGAAAUAGCCCAUAUUGAAGAUGUUCUGGAUUCUCAUUCAAGUGGAGAAUUUGAUGCAAUGUUAGCUGAAUUCAAAAUAGCCUUGAAUGAGUACCUAAGUGACCUAGUAAAAUCUCCAGUGAAGUCCUUAAGGGAGGUGAUAGAGUUCAACAAGAAUCAUUCAAAGGAGGAAAAGAUCAAUGAAUAUGGGCAAGAUAUCUUCGAAUUAGCUGAGAAGACUAAUGGGAUGGGACCAAAAGAGCAGGAGGCAUUGUCAAAUUUAAAAAGACUAUCUAUACAAGGGUUCAAGAAGUUGAUGACCGAUCAUAGCCUAGAUGCCUUGGUGGCUUAUGCUAACAGUGCUUCUUCUAUCCUCGCAAUUGGUGGUUUUCCAGGCAUUGUUGUGCCGGCAGGAUAUCAUAACACUAAAAAGUAUCCUUUUGGGAUCUGCUUUGGGGGACUCAAGGGUUCAGAGCCAAAGCUGAUUGAGAUCGCCUAUGCCUUCGAGCAAGCAACUAAGAUAAGGAGAAAACCUCCUCUAGCCUGAUGAUUCUCAACAUCAAGUUAUCUGUCAGAGCUCCAAUCUGUGAUUAGACUAAGGAUUCAGGCAUUAGUAGUUUAGUACUGCAUUAGUAUUUGAUUCUCAACAGGAAGUUAUCUAUUUGCAUUGAAUUUUUGCAGAGAUGAUAUUUGAAUGAUAAGAGUAAGGAUUUGGGAAUUAGCACUGCAUUGAUUCUCAACAUCAA